AUGUCCGCGAACUGCAACAUCCCGGAGAUCCUCCUCUCGAUUCGGGCGACCAUGUACCGAACCUUCGCCGCCAUGCAGCCCUCGCUGUAUUCCUCUCGAUUUGUUCCUUUGCUGAACAUGCUCGCGGACGAUGUUGCGAGGGCCCUGCCCCAAGACUAUCCGUUCACGGAGCUGGUGUCUCACUUCCUGCACCACUCAGACGUUGUUCUCGACUUGGUCGACAUCCACUUGGAGACCAGCCGGGAGUGUGCGAGCACGACGAGACUCGCGGUCGAUCGGCUGCUGUCUGUCGUGCGAAGCGGCGAUGCAGGCUUUCGUGAGGAUGCCGGGCCUUUCGCCGAGGACCUUUGCUCGGACAGCGGGGCGGCGUGCUUGUUCAGCUCGCUCCAUCGCGAGAGCCCCGGGGGCCCCGAGUGCCUGCUGACGCCAUGGGAUGCUUGGUGUGACUGUGCACAAGCCCUGGCACCACAAUGCCUCUCCGCAGAGUGGGAUUGGCGGUGCAGUUCAGUAAAGCUGCUCUCAAUCAUCAUGAAUGCAGCAGAGGUGGGCGAGAAUCCGCGGGCCGCCGUCCUUCAGCAUUUGCUCAAGUCGCGCCGAGACACCGCGGAAGAUGGCAGCGCGGUGGCCACGCAGCCGGAGCUGCAGGUGACCUCCUCCAUCGCGGUUUUGGCAUAUCUUCGCGAGCACGUGCGCAUGAGAGGACUUCAGGCAGCACCGCCGGCGCCGGCAAUGGAGCAGGUGCUGCAGUCAUCACUUGCCGGGCUCAAGGAGAGCAAUCCGGCUCUCCGGCGGCUGCACGCCGAGAUCCUGGCACUGCUGUUCUUCUCGCACCAUCAGCUCGCAGACUCACCGAUCGUUCCGAAUAUCCUCCAGCACCUUACCGCGGAUGGCCUGCAGGGCUCAGACUCGAAGGACAAGGAGGAGAAGCUGCGUGAACGCUCCGCCCUGGCACUGCUCUGCGGCUGCGUCCUUCGGUCUUUCGCCUGGGGCUGGAAGGUCCUGAGCCCUGGAGGAGACCACAGUGUUGGAGGCUUCCACUGCCCCUACAUCAUGAGCAUCGUGCCGGCUCUGCUCAAGUUGGCAAAGGAGACGGCCCAGCCAGUGCGCCUGUGGAUGCUCUACUCGCUGCACCUAGGCAUGCAGGCUGCAGGCAGUGCCUUCAUGCCGUUCAUGAAGGACUCCCUGCGUCUGGCCACUGCACAUCUCCUGGCAGACUUCUUCGAGGCGCCCUUGGUUCUCUGGGUCGUGGCGGAGCUGACAAAUUCCGCCGCCAUGGCCAUGUCGAAGAGCGCAGGCGACGUGGAUGCACGGGAGGAGCACCUGUUGGCGGGCAUCUGGCGCGUCUUCCGGCACGUUGAGCACGUACCCCCAAGCAGCGGCAACGCCUUCGCCAUGGUGAGGGCAGAGGUUGUCAGCCUGUCGGCAGCGCCCUGCCUCACAAGGCUUGUGCCACCUAACAAUCUCUUGGCGAUCGCGGCGGGCAAGCUUUGCGACACCGAGAACGCCUCGAAGGAGUGCUGCAUACGCACGUACGCGGCGCAGUGCCUUUGGCAGCUGGCGACCACGAAGGGCUGCGAUCUGGGCCAUCUUUUCCGAGACAGGACCAGACUCUUCCGCCUCCUCGAUGCCUCGAAGGGCGCGGAGGCGGAGGCCUUGCAGGCGCUGAUUUCGUCAAUGCUGGGCGCGCACGGGCUGAACGAGCUCCCUACGUGGCUGCAGGCUCUUCGCCAGGUCGUCUUGGCUUUGCCUCCCAAGGGGGCCGUGGCCCCGGCCAGCACCAAAGAGGAGACCGGCCCGGCCGGCAAGGGCAGCGAGGAUCGAAACGCCGACGAGAUCGAUGACGAAGCAGCGAUCGCAGGGCCGAAGCAGGACUCUGGUGGGAAACAAAGCAGCCGCAUCACGACGAAAGUCUUUGCUGUGUCCUGUCUCCACCAGCUACUGGAGAUGGUUCCGGCAGAGGACCCAGACCAUUUCCAGCCGGAGACCACCAGCCCGGUGCACAGUUCGCAUCUCCCGGCCGAGAAGCGUUUCAUGACGCACCUCGAGCUUCUGGUCGGAGUCGCGGUGAACGCCGCCAGCUCUGAUGAGGCAUCGCUUUCGGCUGUCGGGCUCCACUUAAUGCUCCUGGUCGUGCGCAGGUUUCAGCACACCAAGGACGUGCAGGCCCAAGUGGAAGGUUUGGACUGCCCCUUGUUGCUGGUUCAGUUCGAGGCACAGGUAACCACCUGCAUCCGCCAUAAUCUGCGGGCCUCUGCAAACCCGUCGGUCGUGCGGCUUGCACUCGAACUGCUACGCGACGUCAUCGCCGUGCGGGCAUGCACGUCGUCUCAGCGCCUCAUCGCGCUACUGAUGCAGCCCUUUGCCAGCCCCGCCUUCGAGCCCGACCCGCUCUUCUCCGAAGCGGCCUCCACAGGAUCGUUCCUUUUCCGGCUCCGCUGCGCGAGCGCCGUGCUCGAUUCGGGGCAGUCCCAGGAGCAGGCGGCGGUGCGCUCCCACGCCAAGGAUCUCGCACGGUGGAUCGAGUUGGCCUUGCGCGAUGGUGCGGUGCUACUGGCUGGACUUCCCUUGCAGAACGUCAAAACCUACCAGCCUGCCUGCUUCAACUUCGCCGACUGCAAAGCCAUCCAGCCGCUGUUCCGCGCUGCGCUGCCCUCCCUGUUGCGGGGCGUCUGCGCGCUGUGCGCGGAUGCGCCGCAAGGCUCGAGGUCUUCUCCCACAGCGGCGGCAUCUUCUUGGGUGCUCAGCAAGGAGCUGGCUUCACUGGCCCUCGGUAUCGUGGUGACUCUCAUGGGCGCUUCUGAUUUGGCCGAACCUGUCGCCGACCUCCGAGUGUUUGUUCGGACGAUCCGCCACAUCCUCGCCAUCUCGGCUGCUACGACUUCGGGCGAGGCCCUCGUCAACCUGGCAACAUUCAUGGACGUGAUGGCCUGCGUGUGGAAGGAGAUCUUCCUGGAGCCGUCGAAGUGUGGUCUGCUCCUCCCGGACUUGCUGGAGCUGAUCCACUCCCUCUCCGCGGCCCUAUGGGCUCGGAGGCAGCAAAAUCCUUCCACGAGGGACUCCGCAGAGGUGCCAUGGCUGGAAGCUCUUUGCGCCGAGUCCACGGAAGGCGCCCAGGGCCGGGCCACGCUGGGUGCAUAUGCCUUCCAUAUCGUGUCGGCAUCGAUGAGCUCUGGCGAACUGGCAUCGAACCAGCUCCCAAUGGCUUUAGAGGUUUUGCUUUGGUGGCUCUCCGAUGCUUUCCCAAGGAGCCUCGAGACCGACCUUGAGGAGGCGGUCGAGGAUGAUCUCAUGGCUGCUGCUCUGGCCGAGACACCUCAAGAAGGGGCACUGAAGGGCCUUGGCUCCAGCAGCGACCCAUGGCUGUGGCUGCUCUUCUUCUCGCCGUUCCCAGAGCGCUUGGUCGAAAACGACCCGUCCACGACCUUGAAGUACUGGAAGCAGGUUUGCACUCUGCUUGCGGCGCUUCCAGCUUCGCCUUCUCCACAACGGGCUCGCAGACAGCUGCUCUACCUUGCCAUGAUCUGCAACAAGCUGGCGAGCUCCCUCAUCCAGAAGCUUGGGGACACGCCGCUGUCCGAGGCUGAAGAGCGAAACUUGGUGUACGGCUUUGCCACGCUGGUCCCAGCCGUCACCUCGAUGGCUUCCGUGCUGCGGCUUUGCUCGACCGAGCUGCCGGAGGAUGAGCUUCAAGGCGGCGAGCCCCUCGCCACGAGCGGCACGGUGGAGCGAGUUGAGGGCGCGGUAAAGAGAUGCCUGGCGCAGCUGCAAGCACUCUUUGAGAUGGGCUGGUCCCAUCAGAGCAGCAAGGUGGCGCAGGCCGCUGUAUCCUCCGCGCAGAACCUGCUCCAACACUCCGCCUGCAUCGGCCUGUGCAUGAUCAUUGUGCCCGGGCUCGUCUCGGCCAUGGCCUCGCAGAUGCCGCCGGCCGUCGUGGAAGCCGCCUGGGGUGCCAUUCCAGGCAUGUUGGCCGCGCAGCAUCAGGCUGGGAUCCAGGAUCUUGUGAAGGCCACGACCCAGCUGAUCUUGCACUUGGUCAGUGCCGUGGCCACCUUCUCCAAGCUCCAGCCAGGGGUCCCUGCGACAGCGGCCAUGGCGCGUUGCCUGAUGCAGGUCGCGCAGAUUGACCAGGCCGUGCUGAAGUCGGAAGUUGGCGCGCUGCCGCAAGAAAGCCAGGGCGCCCCAGAGAGAGGGCGUGAGAGGGAGCAAACGCCGAUCGGAAAACGGGGUCGGAAAACGUGGAGGCAAAUCGUCAGGAUCCGCAUCGGAAAGCUCCAGGACUCGGAAAACAUUGGGCCGAGUUAUGUGUAG